GGGUGGAGGAGUGGAAGGGGAGCUGCCUGCAGUGGAAACAGCUCAGGCUCCAGAGCCAGAGAAAACUGGGUCACAUGCUGACUCUACCAGUUACAAACUGUGUCCCUCGGGCCAACUGCUUCCUUUUCUGUGCCUCAGUUUCCUCAUCUGUAUAAUGGGGCACCUACCUGAUGGGGUUGUUAUAAUCAUGAAACAGGUGAAGGGUGUAAAGCACAGAAUAGGUACUCAGUAUGCAGUGGCUAAUGUGUUUGUAGAUUUCUGAACCUGACAGCUUAUCCGACCCUGGACAGAACGGGGAGGGCGACAUAAGGAACUGGAGACACCUUGUCGAGGAGGGAAUUGAGGGCCAGGAAGAUGUAAGUCCCACUCAUCUAGGAAUUCAUUUUGAUCUUGAUCCCUACAACAUCGCUUUAAUAAUUUCCCUUCUUCCCAACUACUCUUCCCUCCGUUCCCACUUCUAAGACUCAGCCUGAGCUCCUUUCAUUAUUUGGGAGGAGGACACGCCCAGCACAUCAGGAGGUACAAACGCCAAGGAAAGAGCAAGAUUUUGGGUCAGGCAGAUUGGGGUUCAAGAACUAGAGCUAUAGGACCUCACCAAAUCCCUCCAAACUUCAGUGUGUCUAUGUGAAAACCAGAUCUUAAAAAGACCUGCUUUUCACAAUUAUGGUGAGGAUAAAGGAGGAGAACUUUUGAGGAAGAAUCUGGAAUGGUGUUUGGCACCUGGUAGGAUCUGAAUAAUAACCACUGGUCCUUUCCGUUCAUUUCUGCACAGGGACAAGCACAACUCAGGGAGGCCAGCGUGGCACUCGGCAGUCCCACCGUCACAGAACCACAAACGUUGCAGAGAUGACACAGGGGGGAUCUUGAGGGAGGUCUUUCCCUUAAUCAUAGGGCUCAUCUCGCCUCUCCUUGGACAGGGCUCUCCCUUUUAGAAUUCUUGACCCGUGACUUUCCAGCCUCAGCUUGCACACUCCCACAGAUGGGGAGCUCAUGACCGCUUUCUGGGACAGGCUGGGCAGCUCUGAUGGUUACAAAGGGGUUCUUGCGGCAACUCGCCUUCUUGUAAUUUCUACCCACCAUCCGGUGAUCCGCGCACAGGGCCUCAGAGAAUCACGGUGCCAGCCCUCCUGAGAUGUGAAGCAGUGCCGGGGGAGUUAGCUGAAGUAUGGACAGAAGACCCAGUGGUGGGGAGGAGGACCGACAGGUGCAGGGCGGCUCUGAGGGAGAGGAGCCAGAAUAAGGGAGGGAGGCCGUGGCCUGUGCAUCCUGCUAGCAGUCAGCAUCAGUCUGGUGGCGCCUCUCCUCCAACCCUCCUGGGGCCUCUGUGGCAGCUCUUGUCCAGUGGGGGUCAAGCACGGACAGCGCACUCCUGACACUGGCAGGGAGGACAGGCCCGGGCAGGAUCUCUCGGAGGGCCCCCCUGCCUGGCCCCUGAACUGGUCCCCCUGGUGUGCAGCUGGCUCAGGAGGGCAGGCGCGGGCCAGGCGCUGCUAAACAGGCAGCCCAACUUCCUCUCCUUUUGCACCGCCCUCACCACCCGCCCUCCCCUGCCUGGCGCCCGAGGGAGGCUGUUUUUCCACUCACUGCUACUGCCCGAGUUCCAUCCUGCUGUUUCCUUCUCUUCCUGGAGUUAAAACUUCUUAGAAAACAGCGCCAGGCCAGCCCAGGCCCUGCUGGUCUCCAGCUCCCUGCUCCAGUACAGAAGAAAGCACAAGACAGCCCGAAAGCACUUCGGGUCAGGGCCGCCCUGCAGGCCCACGCCCCGCGGAGGCUGAAGCCACUGGUUGUCGCCCGCAACUGGCCCCAGCACCGCUAAGGAGAGAGCAAGGGCCAGAAUGAUUUGGCCUCUUUUCACAGAUGAGGACACCGAGACCCAAAGAAAAGUCAUGAAGGAGCGCUCGGCCAGCCACUAGAGGGGCUAAGAUGGCAAGACCUCGCCCUGCCUUCAGAUGCCUACCAGCCUGCACGCCUUCUUAGUCCCACCAGGAACCAUCGACCCCAGGCUCCGCCUGCACCUCCCCUUGCAGUCGGUCCCCCAGCCGACUCAUCACCAUGGCAGCCCUGAUUGCAGAGAACUUCCGCUUCCUAUCGCUCUUCUUCAAGAGCAAGGAUGUGAUGAUUUUCAAUGGGCUGGUGGCACUGGGCACAGUGGGCAGCCAGGAGCUGUUCUCUGUGGUGGCUUUCCACUGCCCUUGCUCACCUGCCCGGAACUACCUAUAUGGGCUGACAGCCAUCGGUGUGCCCGCCCUAGCACUCUUCCUCAUCGGUGUCAUCCUCAACAACCACACCUGGAACCUAGUUACCGAGUGCCAGUACCGGAGGACCAAGAACUGCUCGGCCGCCCCCAACUUCCUCCUCCUAAGCUCCAUCCUGGGCCGUGCGGCCGUGGCCCCCGUGACCUGGUCUGUCAUCUCCCUGCUGCGCGGUGAGGCCUACGUCUGUGCUCUCAGCGAGUUUGUGGACCCCUCCUCACUCACAGCCGGGGAAAAGGGAUUCCCACCAGACCAUGCCACGGAAAUCCUGGCCAGGUUCCCUUGUGGGGAGGGCCCUGCCAACCUGUCAGGCUUCCGGGAGGAGGUCACCCGCAGGCUCAAGUACGAGUCCCAGCUCUUCGGGUGGCUGCUUAUCGGCAUGGUGGCCAUCCUGGUGUUCCUGACCAAGUGCCUCAAGCAUUACUGCUCACCACUCAGUUACCGCCAGGAGGCCUACUGGGCACAGUACCGCGCCAACGAGGACCAGCUCUUCCAGCGCACGGCCGAGGUGCACUCGCGGGUGCUGGCCGCCAACAACGUGCGCCGCUUCUUCGGCUUUGUGGCGCUCGACAAGGACGACGAGGAGCUGGUGGCCAGGUUCCCCGUGGAAGGCACCCAGCCUCGGCCACAGUGGAACGCCAUCACAGGCGUCUAUCUGUACCGCGAGAACCAGGGCCUCCCGCUCUACAGCCGCCUGCACAAGUGGGCCCAGGGUCUGGCGGGCAACGGCACGGCACCAGAAACCGUGGAGAUGGCCCUGGUGGCCUCCUGAAGGACCGGUUCCCGCACUCUUUGCCCGUGACGGUGCCUGGACUCAAACUGAACUCCACCGCCUGCUCACAGCAUCAGAAGGGGAUGAUUUUUUUUUUAACUUUUUGGGGAAACAGGUCAGAAACAAGGAACACAAAGCACCCUGGGGUGUGGAGAGCUAGUGGACAACGUGGUCUGCUCCGACAGCAAGGCUCUCAGACCUGAAGAAACGCCCUGUCCUGCUGCCACCAAACACUUGGUCAACCGCUUUGGGGAAAAGGCCCUUUCCCAGAACCGAGCCUUAAUUAACUAUGAUGUGGACAACUGCUUACCGGUGGGACUCCCAAGCUGGGAAGCCCCGGCCAGCAGAGCCAGGUGAGCGUGAUAUCCUUGUGCAGGAUCAUGCACUUACCGUAUGUGUGAUUGCACGCGGAUACCUGGCUCAGCAGUGCUCAGCCAGGAAGCUGCCCUCCAAUGUAAGCCUCUGGCUUUAUUUUAUAUACUUAAAAUUUUUGAUAAAGUUGUCCCUAGUAUAAACGA